AAAAGCUUCCGCUCUCUCGGCGCGGGAGCGAGCUUUUAUGCAAUGAGAGCAGGAGAACGAGUUUUCCGCGAGUGUGUAGUUUUUUGUGUGUCCCACCCAAAAUAUUCUAGUCUGAGAUAGAAAUCCAGCCAGAUAUGGCUGUUGUUUUCGUUCGCGAAAUGAAAUUACAUAAAAUUUGGGACGGUUUGCGGUGCAGGACCAGCAGUGAAGCGAAAGUGCGCCGGAAUCGCAGCUAGAGCUGUCCCCGUUAAGGGGCGGACGGGACCAUCCGACGGGUUCCGGAAUCUACGCAGCCCAGGACUGACUGAGGUGUAGGACCCUGGACUUGCCGUUUUUUUUUUCUUCGGCUGAAGACUUGUGAAUUUGUGUUCCAGUGCUUGUGUUCGUGUGUGUGCAUGUGUGCUUAAAGGAUACCAGGAGAAAAUGUAUUCGGCAAGCAGAAGCAGAAGUAGUAGCAGCAGCGUAGGACGAUUCGGUGCCAUCAAUAUACUAGCAAUGCGAAAAUUUGCUCGGUGAAAUGAACAACUUGCCGACGAAGAAGAAGAAAUUGGGGUGACCAACACACACAGCAGCAGCAGCAGCAGUCGACGAGAGUGUGCGCGAGAGCGAGCUCAGUGUGCAAGCAAACGAAACGAAACGAAACGGGGAGCAGAAAAAAAAACCUCCCGAGUAGAAGAAGGCCGUAGAAGAAACACCGAAACAGGAGGUCGCCCAAGAAGAAGUGACGCAGCAGAAGACGGCGAAGCGAAGAAGGAAGAGAAGAAGGAGGAAAAAAAGUGCUCUUUAAGUCGGGUGUGCGUGUGUGCGAGGAGAAAGGGAAAACGGAGGCUAGGCGCCGACAACAAGAACAACACGAGAGAGUGCGUGAGUGCGUGCGAGUGCGUGAGGUAUGAGAUGAGAGGAGCAGCAGCGAUGAGCACUUAAAUUAGCAACGGCAACAUCCAGCUUUUACCUCACAAUUUUCCAACAAAACAACAACAACAACAGAAACCAACAACGCGGAAGUCGUCGUCCAGAACGAGGGGGGAAACACCCGAGAAUUGAAGUAACCUAAGCACUCUCGCGCGCGCAUACAACCAACCAAACCGCAAACGCAAACGGAACAUUACAACAAGCGUUUCCACACCCGUACGGAACGUCCCGGAAUCGUCGUAAUCGCCACCGCCAGGAUGUCGCUGGAUAUCGAAGUGCCGCACGUCAGGAGCCCCUCGUUAGGUGUCCUCAUACUGACACUUAACCUGGCCCUGUUCCUGCCUCAGACUAUAAAUAGGACGCCGCCGUACGUGCUCGCGGGAACGGGCGGAGGCAGUAUGCUAGGAGAUGUAAAUAUUUCGGCUAUUCUAGAUUCGUUCAGCGUUGGCUACGACAAAAGAGUAAGACCAAACUACGGAGGACCGCCGGUCGAAGUGGGAGUCACCAUGUAUGUGCUGUCUAUCAGUUCGCUGUCAGAAGUUAAAAUGGAUUUCACAUUGGAUUUCUACUUUCGACAAUUUUGGACUGAUCCACGUUUAGCUUACAGAAAAAGGCCGGGUGUAGAAACACUGUCAGUUGGAUCUGAGUUCAUAAAGAAUAUUUGGGUACCCGACACGUUUUUUGUAAACGAGAAACAAUCAUACUUUCAUAUAGCGACUACUAGUAAUGAAUUUAUAAGAAUACAUCAUUCUGGAUCUAUAACUAGAAGUAUUCGAUUAACAAUCACAGCAUCAUGUCCAAUGAAUUUACAAUAUUUUCCAAUGGAUAGACAGUUAUGUCAUAUAGAAAUAGAAAGCUUCGGAUACACGAUGCGAGAUAUCCGAUAUAAAUGGAAUGAAGGCCCCAAUUCAGUCGGAGUCUCGAGUGAAGUAUCUUUGCCUCAGUUUAAGGUUUUGGGACACCGUCAGCGUGCUAUGGAAAUCAGUCUCACAACAGGAAAUUAUUCACGUUUAGCAUGUGAAAUACAGUUUGUACGUUCGAUGGGUUAUUAUCUCAUUCAGAUUUACAUACCAUCCGGAUUAAUUGUAAUCAUCUCGUGGGUAUCAUUUUGGCUAAAUAGAAAUGCUACACCAGCACGUGUUUCAUUAGGUGUAACCACUGUCUUGACAAUGACAACUCUGAUGUCGUCAACGAAUGCUGCCUUACCGAAAAUAUCUUAUGUAAAAUCGAUUGACGUAUAUUUAGGCACAUGCUUCGUCAUGGUAUUUGCCAGUCUGCUGGAGUACGCCACCGUCGGUUAUUUGGCGAAGCGGAUACAGAUGCGCAAGCAGCGCUUCAUGGCAAUCCAGAAGAUCGCCGAACAGAAGAAGCAACAGGCGGCGGACGCCAACCAUCCGCCCCCACCGCCCCCGGCGGUCAGUGAUCAUGGCCACGGGCACGGGCACGGCCACAGCCACGGCCACCAGCACACGCCGAAGCAGCAGAUGGGCAGCCGUGCCGGUACGAUGUCCAAUGUGAACCCCCAUAAUAUCGCGGGAUCACGAGGUUGUUCUAUUGUAGGUCCACUGUUCCAAGAGGUGCGCUUUAAGGUGCACGACCCGAAGGCGCACUCGAAAGGUGGCACGCUGGAGAACACGAUCAACGGGGGACGCGGCGGGGGCGGCCCACCGGGUGGACCACCGGGAGGUCCGCCCGGGGGCGGUGGCGGUGGUGGCGGCGGCGGACCGGACGAGGAAUCGGGUGCACCGCAGCAUCUGAUACACCCGGGCAAGGAUAUCAACAAACUACUAGGAAUUACACCCUCGGAUAUCGACAAGUACUCUCGAAUCGUGUUCCCGGUCUGCUUCGUCUGCUUCAACCUGAUGUACUGGAUCAUCUAUCUGCACGUAAGCGACGUCGUGGCCGAUGAUCUGGUGCUGCUCGGCGAGGAGAAGUAAAUCCCGAACAAGAAGAAGACGAAAAUAGUAUCGAAUAAGACAAAGAAGACGCAGAAGAAAAGGGCAGACACACACACACACACACAGAGACACACAGUUACACACGCGCGAACAAUUACACUUGAAAACACUUUCACACAAGCCAGGCAGACAUUCCAGUAGUCAGGGCCAGAAGGGCUAGGACAACGCUAGAAGGGCAAAAGGAUGUGUGUGUGUGUGCAGGGUAGCGAACAAGAUCAGAACAGAAUUCACACACACACGCAGACGUGCAAGGUCAAGAGGAAGAACAUAUAACAACAAAAGUAUAAGAAAUUUUUAGGAUUUAUUUUUACCUAUUUACAGUUUCGGUUCUUUUUUAUACGUAUACAAGAGGUAAAAUGAAAAAAAAACUAGAUUUUAUCGUUAUUGAUGAUUAACAUUAUAGAGAUGAAGUAACGAAAAAAUAUUCCUAAUUCAAAACAUAACAAGAAAUACAUAGAGACACGUGUGUGGAAGCAAAAAAAACGCAAGGAACUAAAAAGCAAGGUGGAGAAUUUAUGACUAGUUGAUAAGCAGCAAACCACAACAACAAGAACAAAAUAUGAAGCUAGUUAAGCAAAGCGAAAAACAAAACAAACGAUAACUUCAAAUUAGAGCAAACAACAAACUGGUGAAUUGAACGAGUCUAGGAACGAAUUAGAUUCUCAAACUCUGACACAAACACACACAGCCACACUCACACGCAGACAAAUACACACACACACACACUCACUCACUGCAUUACGAGUUAAUAUUUAAAGAAACAGCGUAGGAAAUCAAAAGAUUUUGAAUUACAAAAACGUUAAAUAAUGCAAAACCAAAAGAAACAAACAAGCAAAAAAAACGCGGAAUCCCCCGAUUAAAAAAACAAACCAGGUAAAGCCUAUUAUCUGUAGUAAAAAAAAAACAAAAAAAAAGAAACACGUUAAUCGAAGCAGAUACUUUUAAACAAACAAACACAAACAGUAGCGAAUUUCGGUUGUUCCAAAAGUACUCGAAAGACGAAGCGAAACAUACACACUAACUAGCACACAGACUCAAAACACUCGUACACCCGCACACAAACAAGAGAGAAAAAAAAGUCCAAUUUGGUUUAAUUUUAAGUUUUUGUCCCGACCCUGGAUGCUGACGGAUGCACCGACCUUCUACGUAGAAUCAAAACGCCCAGCUACCCGAUGAAAGGAGUUGUUGAAAAAAGGAACAGAAUUUGUGAUUGCUGAAAAUUGUUUUUAAGUUUCAACAUCGAAUGUUGCAGCAAUGAUUGAAGUUUGAUAGCUUCAGACUUGAGUGGAGAACAGCAUAUACAAGAAACAAAUCUUGUUAUUUUCUUUGCAAAUUUUGUUCUAGGUCAAUCUGACAGAAGCAGAAAAAGUUGCACUGUAAUGUUAGUCAAUUCAACAACAUGUGUUCUCUCUUGUGCUUUUCACUUGCAUAAAUUAGAAAUGAGCAUAAAUUUGACAUAAUAACACAGUUUGUUAAACCACAUCCGUAUCAAAACACAAAGUAUUGUAAACAGACAGUAAACUUCUAGAAUGAAUUUCAUCUAAUUCAUGCAACAAAAAAUCACAGCUUAGUUUUCUUCAAAUUACAAUGUGAUUGAACAUUUUGUAAAAAUGCAUCAAAUUCUGUUCCUUCGCGCUGAAAUUUUCUUCUACUCGGGUCCAACUCACCAAAGAUGAGCCUCCAGAUUCGGUUUGGAUUUGCACCCUGGGAAUUUCCAGACUGAUGGCAAGGACGCUGCAGCCAGGACGACAGCCCAGAAAUCAUCUUCAGCUCGACUUCAACCGAAACUUGACAGCGGGGUCGAAAAAGGGAUCCACAUUUUAAUCAGAAAGCCCCACUCUGAAUGAGGCGAGGAUCUCUCGCCCGAGAGGCGGGUUGAGAGGUAAUCAAAAAAGGAUGGCUCCCGAAGGAACCGUUUCUUUCCCUUCUCCUCCUCCUCCUGGGCGCACUCAAUUAGACGAUGAGUGAGAGGAAUGUUCCGGGGAAAAAGUCAAAGGUCAGCAGCUCGGCCAAAGAUUAAUGGAGUCGUGGGUCGUGUCCGGACUCGGUGAAAUGGAGCGGAAAAAGUUAAUAUGAAAUUAAUUAUUAAUUGUUGUAUCAAAAAUUGAUUCCCUGAAUGCUUCCAGUAUAUUUGCCAAAAAUCGAACGGGAUAAACAGAAGAAAUAUAAAUGCACACGUACACACGCACGCGCACACAUACACACAUACACGUACACGUGGAGAAAGUGAGCAAAUAUUGAUUUUCGUGCUCGUUGUGUUGUCGUUAGGUUCUGAUUUUAAUGUAUAAUUUUAAUUGCCCCGUCUGACUCGCAAUUAAUAGGCCGAUUUUUCCCGGCUGUCGGGAGUAUCGCUUGUGAAAAAUACACAACCUCACAGAAAUUUUCGGAAAAUGACACGAACGUAGACAUCCUUCCCGGGCAGACGGUAAUAACAAAAUUCAUACCAUUUCAAUGACAAAUACUGUUAAAAUUACAGAAAGUUUUAUGGAAUAUUCUUGCAAAAUCCAUUUUUGCAUAAGAGUUGAAUAACAGUUUAUGUUAUCAUAACAAAAUUUGUUAUUGGUCUGAUAUUGAUUGAAAGCUAAACCCGAACAGACGGUAAUAAUUCAAUUCAAGCCAUUUCAAUAACAAAUACUGUUAAAAUAACAAAAAGUGUUAUGGAAUAUCCUGGCAAAAUCAAUUUUUGCAUAAGAGUUUAAUAACAGUUAAUGUUAUCAUAACAAAAUUUGUUAUCAGUCUGAUAUUGGUUGAAAGCCAAAACAACUUUGGAAUAACAUUUUUUGUUAUGGAAAAAUACCUCCAACUGUUAUUGGGAUGAUCGGAUUAGUUGUUAAAAUAACAAAAAAUAAUAGCGAAGAUCUGUUUGAAGUAUAACUAAAAAUGUUAUGAGUCUCUUAUUACAAUAACAACCCAAUAACAAAAAAAACAUGACGACAAAUAACAAAUCUUGUUAUAAAUAACAUAAAAUGUUAUUGGCAAAAAAAUAUUAUUCCCAAGUUAUUUCUGUCUGCUCGGGUUCUCUCUGUAAAACAAAACAACUGACAACAAAAGGAAGAUUUCAAUCUUACAUGUCUACACUUUUCAGUACUCUCAUGUUGAAUUUAUCAAUUGGUUUGAUGAAUAACUUAAUUUCAAAAUCAAGAAAAAUCUUUUUAUACUUAAACUUUUGAUUGACUGACGUUUGAAAAUGUGACAUCUUUUCACUAACACAACUCUCACGAUUCCACUGAAACAAGCUCAGACACAAUUAGAUAACUAUAAUUGCUAAAGUGAUUUGUAACGACGUUAGUAGGAAGGGGUGUACAUACGGAGAGGACAAAUAACUACAAAACAAAGCAUUUACUUUAAAGUUUACUAAAAUAACCCCUAAUCCGUACUCUUACCGAAAACGUAGUCUGUUCAACCAAGCGAAUAAACACACACACACACAUGUACACAAACACGCUCGAAAUCAAACACUAGGAACUUCAUAACCAAAAAGCAGCGUACGAAAAGAAAAUUCUGUUUAAUCUACUUUUUAUAUUACAAAAUAAAAUGCAGGAAAAGAGAUCUCCACAAAUCACACAAACACACACUCAUUGACCAUAGCGUGUCGUUCAGAGUCUGGAAAAAAGGAAUAUAACAUUGAACGAAAAUUCUAAAUUUAAAUCGUAAAAAGUGCACAGAAAAACAAAAGAAAAAAACCCAGUUUCGUCAUUUAAGGAAAACACCUAAGACGUUUGUAUUCCCGACACACUCAAACACACAAACAUCCAAGUAACCCGGUGUCCUUCUUCUCGUAGUAGUAGGCCACGGCAAACACACACACACACACACACACUCAACCAAGAAAGCGUACGUUUUUGGGACGGUUUAAAUUUUGCACCACACUAACACACACGCGCGCGCGCACGUUAGUAAUAUGCGUCGUCUCAUCGCAAAGCCUGCUGUGGCUGUGUGCGUGAACGCGUUCAAAUUUUUCCACUCAAUGGAUCAAUGUAGGCCGGUUUUGAUUCCAACAACAGUUACUCUGACAGCUGACUACUACGUUUUGAGUAGUUUUUUUUUUAAUUUCGUGCAAAUUUUACAUAAAACUUGUGCGGCAUUUAGAGGUGUGGCGCUGAAGCAUGUAAAAAUCCGUCCUUGUUUGUUGAAUUUCUGUGAGACACACACACGUCAUUUCGUAUUGAAAACUGUGGCUUGCACGCACACACCCUAAGUUAGUUUUGCGAUACAAUGGAGACAUUCUUCCAAAACACACACAAUUACACACGAAACCACACACACACAAUUACACACGAAACCACACACACACACACACACUAACAUCACCCCCUUUCGACGCUUCUGUUCAAUCGGUAUUGUAUUGAUGUUAAAUCAAAAUUUUAUACACGCAAACCAAAACCAAAACAAACAAUACUAAAAACGAAGCAAAAAAACAACAACCAACCAGUAGGGGAAAUCCAAAAAGAUAAAAAAAAUAUUCUAGUUAAGAUAAGGGAAAAAAAACUAGCGAAUAAACAAGUGAAAACGUAAGUUUAAGAUAUUUACUCGUCAAAUAUCUGUAGAUUAUGUGUCUUUUCACUCGUUUCAAUUGAAAUUUGUUUUUCAAUUGAAACUGACAAAAAACAGAACUGCUCAAUUAUUUUUCAUGAGGAAAAAAAAGAAGAGAAAACAUGUGAAUAAGUAAUUUUUUAAUAAAAAAGGACAAGAUAAAAAUGCAUAUUUAUACUUUUAAUUUAUAGUCUAUGAGAUAAACCAAAACAACUAGUGCGUUGCGAACAAAAACAAAAAAAAACUCAAAAGUAAACACAAGCAGGUCGGGCAGGAAGUGUUUAUAAUAAGUAAAAGUUAUUAAGGGAAACCUGUAGAGAAGGAUGCAAUACUACUCACUAAGUUAUUACUUAACUGAGCGAGGUCACACUUACACACUUGAGGCUAGGUCGUAAAUUAGUAUCAAAAAAAAGAAGAAAAACAAGCUCCGGCAAAGCUAAGAAGGCAGGCAAAGCAUGUGUUACAGUUUGAAAAAAAAAGAAGCCCAGGCAAAAACACUACGCUAGUGAAGGGAAAGAUAAAAGUUAAAAUCACGUAAUAAGAGUAGUUGUUCACCAAAACAAGGAAAAACAAAACAAAGACGCGUUAAUUCAAUUUAAGCAACAACUUAAGCAGAGAGCAAGUAUUUCAUAACAAUUGCGCAAACGAUAUAGGCGCAAGGAGAAGAGUAUAACGGCACCACUUUUAUGCGAAUUUUUUUUAUUACCGGUUUAAAUUUGUGUGACAGUCUCGUUGUGAUCGAAAACACAAAAAACACACAAACACAAACAAAACACACUCACAAUUGGUGAUUAUUUCACACUCGCCUCGCACUGUGAUACGUUGCGAUUGCAUGUUGGUAUUUUGUGCGAAAAGUCAACGUUUCGGCUCACCUUGAACAGGCCUUCUUCAAGGGUUGCUGGGCGAAACGUUUAAACCACACAAAGUGACAAUUUUUCCAGUGUUCAUACAUUGUUAAAGUACCAUUUUCUUCCAAAACAUAAAUUUAGUAGCACGUGCAUCCUUGGUUUCGUAUUUGUUUUCAUAAAACACUAACACACAAACACACCAAGUGAGACUUAAAUGUGGCACUAGUAAAAGAGAAAUUCAAAAAAAAAUCACCAAACAUACAAAACAAAUGAACGCACCUAUAAAAUUGACUAUAGUAGAAUAUUACGAUUAUUGGUCCAAGGCAAACGUUUUUGUGCUGGCCCCCUUUUUCGCUUCAGUAGUUAAGCUCUUCCAAUAGGCAUUACCUUUUUCCUUAACGAAAAAAAAACCAAACAAAAAAUUAUAACAAAAACCGAACGCAAAACGUAACAGUAGUAAAUCGAUUUUUCCCCAAAACUCACCUUUCGCUACACCUUUUCACCUUUCCUAAACCCUCGUUUCCCCUAAAACACGGAAUGAAAAUCGCCGAUGCAGAGAAAGAUCAUGUUCCUUCAAGUCACAAAUACACUCACACACUAAAAAAACACACUAUUCGCACCGAAAACUGUUCAUUUACACCGAAAUCUUUAAAACAGCACGCCGCACCCUCACACCUAUCGCUGUCUAUAGUCUAUUGUUUAUGUGACUUUUGUACUACGGAAAAAAAAGAGAUAGAGCACUACCCACACAUACAGUUGACACGAACCUACACGUUCACACCUUUUUCCACGACAACCUUGGUUUGUUUGUACUGUAAAUACUUUGAUUAGGAUAACAUUAGUGAAAACCAGCAAAAAAAUGUUAAUGAAAAAAACAGUUAAAUUUUCUGCAGAAACUAGUACGCAACUGGAAUUCGAAAAACACACACACACACUUACACACAUCGCCACACGUACACUUUCUCAAAGCAACGUUAUGUAUGACUAAAAAUCAAAAACUGGACGUGUAAAAAGAGCAUGUGAUUGAUUUUACUGAAAAGAGACAAGUUGAGUAAGUUAAAAACGAGCAACCAAAAAAAACAGUAGUGAAAAUUCAAAAAACAGAUGUAUAAGUAAGUGUUAAAUACUCACUGUACUUAACUAUAAGAAUUUAAGGGAAAAAUGAAGAAAAAAAUACAAAAAAGAGCAAAAGUAAAUAAAAUAUAUACACAAUAUAUGAAUAUAUGAGGAAAAAUAAAAUUAUAUAUAUCGCAACACAAGAAAAAUUCUAAAUAAAUAUAAAUUUUUUAUAUAGGAAUGUAAUAUGCAACAAAAAAAAAUCAAUAAAGAAUACAAAAAUAUCGUUCAUAUUAUAUUUGUAAAUAUUUUAGUUCGAAAAAUGAAUCACCCUAAUGUACAUUCAACUUCAAUGCACAAAAAAGGAUAAAGAAAUUCAGAUUAGCAUAAAAGAAUUAUAUAAAAAAAUUAACUUCAGAGGAAACAAACGAGAAGCAUAGACGAUAUUCAAGUCAGUAACCAAAAAGAUCUCACAAGGUUCUUUUCAGUACUCGAAAGCUAACUCACAGACAGAAUCACACACAAUACAACACAACACAACACACUCCCACAUACACAUACACAAACAGAGCAGUGAACCGACACCAGACUGGCUUUGACUUUGACGGUGUGGUACUUUCAAAAUGUGCAAGACAAACUAUUCCAAAGAACAGUUAAAUAGAGUAGCUUCAAUUUUUAGCUAAACGAAAACAUAAAAAAAAAUAAAACAAAAAAACACAAUUUUCAUAAAUAUUCGCCACCAACACCCACACAGAUCCACACAUAACGCAUCACAUUAAGUACGAACAUGCAAAAGGCUUGUGUUUCGCUGGAAAAAAAUAAUAACUAUGAGCAUUUCGAAAGUUCCAAUCGACAAAGCAACCUUCGCAUCGCAACAAAAGUCGCCAUGGCAACGAGCGAACGUAAGAGAAAGUCACUAGUUCAAUAUAUUAAAAAAAAAAACAAACGUAACCGGAAAACAACAAACAGAAAAUUUACUAGCGAAAAAUACAAUGAAACAAAAGCAAAGUUUAUUCAAAAUAGACUUGAUACCCAAAAACAGAAACAAAAAAGGAUAAGUAAACCAACACAAACAAACAACACACACACACAGACA